UCUGGCCCUCACUUUUUUUCAAAUCUCUCUCGGGAAAAUUUUUUCUCCGUCGUCGCAAAAGCCGAGAGAAAACAGCCGAUAUUUUCUAGCGAAGAUGAGGAGGUUCUUUUCCUUAGGAUCUUCGAUAUCCAGCACUGGGAAUAGCAAUACAACUCCAGCACCUAGAAACAAGAAGAAGGGUGCCAAUCCUGCAGGUGAAAAGGUCCAUGAUGGCUCUCGGAAUCCCAAGGGUUCAGUUCUCAAAUCGCGAAACCACUACCCACAAAGUGAAGACUCAUCCAAUUCACAUCUCAGAAGGAGCCUUUCAUUUUCCUCUCCAUCCACUUACAGUGGUUUGGAGGAAGAGAAUUUGAAUUUUUCAAGUGACAUCAAUAGAUUACCAUCCAGCUAUGGCAACAGACUACAUGAUGCAGGCGAAUGCCCUAUCCACUGCCAUACAUUGACCCCAGAAAGGUAUAGGAGAAGAAAAGAAGGCGACCAGUCUGUGAUUCAAAAGUCAAAUGAAGUUGAAGAUUUUGACUCUCCAGGUUUAAAAUGUGAUCACUGUUCAUCAGGAAAUUCAUCUUACAGUUCUAUUCCAUUAAGAUCCAGGGCUACCUGCCUAAUAGAUACUUCAAAUAAGGGAAACAUCCUAGACCUUUACAUUGAUGGAGAGCAUCAGGUAGUCAAACCCCACAAAGACUAUCAUAAGAACUCCUCAGAUAUUGGAGAUGAUGGUAGCUUACAAGAGAAAACUGCAUUUCCAAGUUCAGGAAGGCCACCACAAGCUCAGUCUACAGCACCAUCUUCACCAACUUGUAAGAAAGAGAACCUUAGGAGCUUCUCAUUUAGGGAGGCAAAAAGUAUCCAUCAUCACCAUUCUGCUCGAGCUUGGACAGCAGAUUAUCUCAGGCUAGCAUCCCUUCAAGGAUACACAGGAAGAUAUGGUGAGAAGCCCUCUCAUGCAUUUCCUGGAAAAUCUUUGAAAUCACAAGAUUAUGACUCUGAAACCACGACCACAAUAGAAGAUGUUUAUGAGGAUUCAUCGGAUGCACAGCCAUCUUUGAAUUUACAUGAUGUUCCCAAAGCACAUUCUUUUGAGCUUACUUCAUCCUCUGAGAAUACAAAUGACCAUUGCCUGGAUAAAAUAAUGGGUAUUCAAAGAAAUGUUUCUUUUCCUGUAAAUGGACCUUUAGGCAUUCAGCUUGGUGAGUUGAUGAGUUCUGGGCUACACGAACAGGACACAGAUGAAGAAUUAUUUAUGAAGCUUAAAGAGGUAGAAGAGAAGAGUAUGCUUCUGUCGGAAGAAAAUCUUGAGUUGGAGAAGCUUAGGGAUCAAAAUUUAAGCUUAACAACAUUGCAACAGAUGAUUCAGAACAUCAGAGAAGAUAGGAAAUACCUGGCACUCGAACUCUCUUCACAAAUUAAGUGCCGACUUGCAGAGAGGUUUUGUGCUAAAGAGCAGCUGAAAAAAUCAAGGGUAGACUUAGAUACCCGAAUGAGGAGGCUGGAAAAGGAGAAGCAUGAACUGCAGUCGACUUUGGAGAAAGAGUUGGACAGAAGGACAAAUGACUGGUCAUUGAAACUUGGGAAGUUUCAGACUGAAGAGCAGAGGCUACGUGAACGGGUAAGAGAACUGGCAGAGCAGAAUGUCUCUCUUCAAAGAGAAGUAUGUUCACUUAAAGCAAAUGGAGAGGAGACUCAAAGUAGGAUAAUGAACUCAGAAAUGCAUUUGAGGGAUCUUACAGCUUGUCUAGAAGAAGCAAAAACAGAAAACCACAGUCUCCAUGAAUCCCUAUCAAAGUUGCAAGAUUGCUUUAAUGGGGUAGAAGAGGACCGUGAUAAUCUUCAAAGAAGCUACAAGGAGAAAGAGAAGGAAAAUAAGGAGUUGCAGAAAGUGGUUGUGAAACUGCAGAGGAUAUGCAGUGAACAAGAGAAGUCCAUUAGUGGAUUGAGACAGGGAUACAGCGAUGAAAUUGGUAAGACAUCAAUGGAGGGAAGUGGAAGUGUCAGUAGGUUGCAAAUGGAGCAACUAAGACUUACUGGCGUGGAACAAAUGCUGAGGAGGGAGAUUGAGUCUUGCAGGCUUGAGCUGGAGUGCCUUAGGCAUGAGAACAUGUCCCUCUUGGACCGUUUGCAAGGCACUGGAAGUGGAUAUGGGUUCUUAACAGGGAAGCUUGAUCAGCCGCUUCAUGCCCGAGUAGAAUGCUUGCAGACUCAAGGAUUGUCAUUACUUGAUGACAACAGUCAACUCUGUGGUGUCCUAUUAGAAUAUAUAAAACGGAAGCAGUAUGAGCAUAAUCAAGAAGCUAGCAGUGACUUAGGUGGUUAUGCAAUUCUUGAACACACUUUGAAGCACCAGAGUUUAAAGAGAGGAAUUGACAAUUUCAGAAGAAGUUUGCAGACAACGUUGGCAAUAUUGAAUGAGAAGUCCAGUAUAGAAGCAUUGGAACAACAGUUGCAGACAACAAAAGAUUGUAGGCUAAGGCAAUUAAAGGUUCAGGAAUCAGAGGGAGAUAUGGAACUCAAAUUGAGGACAGAAGCUAUGCUAACUAGAGUAUUAAGAGAGAAGUUGUGCUCUAGGGAAUUGGAAUUUGAGCAAGUACAAGCAGACUUAGCAUCUUCAAUAAGGGCCCGUGAUAUCCUGCAAACCGAGAUUCAGAGGCAGCAGGAUGAACUUUCUUGUCUCACCCACAAGAUGAAGAAUAUGGAGCAUCAGAUAGUGAAAAAGGAUGAGAUCAUCAACCAGCUCCAGCAAAACCUUCAAGACCCCAUGAAGGAACUAGCAAUUCUCCAGGGUAUACUUACAAAGGUCUCUGAGGAGAGAGAUCAAAAGAGGGAGGAAGUGAAGCAGUUGAGAAAGAGUAACAUGCUGAUAAAUGAUGAAGUUAAAACUCUCAGGAAGAAGGUUGAAACCCUCAAUGAAGACAUACUACUUAAGGAGGGGCAGCUCUCUAUACUGAAAAACAGCUUGGACAGGCCAUUUGACAUCAUCAACAGUUUUAAUCUGAGGAAAGAAUUUUCCCUUGAAUGAGCUAGUAAUUGUAUUGUUAAUCUUUUAUGAUUUUGAUCUUCUAUCCUUUUAUAAUGUCUCUCUUUUUGUAUCUCAAAUGAGGUGAAGGCUCCGAUUAUUUUUCCUGAUUUUCUUUUUUCGUGUACUACUCAACUUGUUCUUUGUUCAUUCUCUGUAAUGGGUUUAAAGUAAGUUUCAGGAGGCAUUUGUCUGAGAA